CAAACUUCCUCUCACACUUGGUUCAGAACACUCUUCCCACUAGAACUUCACCUUCUGCCACAAAAAAACGCCAGGAUUGCUGGACUUCCAAGAGCGAUAUGACUUCUGAACUGCGGCUCCAGCGGUUCUGGUUCUGGAUUAAAGGAUUAAAAAUGUGGAUUCUAGUUCUUCUUCUCAGGACCUCAGCCACUUCUGGUUUCUUCAUCAGGACGAGCAGCUUGUGCCUGGACGCUCAGCAUCAGGUGGUCACACUGACUCACUGUGACCUCGCCAGCCCGUCUCAGCAGUGGGCCUGGCAGGACAGGGUCAGACUCAAACACAUGGAGUCCUCUCUGUGUCUCUGGGGCCCCUGUAACCAGACUGGCCCUCCCUGUCUCCGCGCCUGCACUGACGCCCCGCCGUGGGAGUGUGACGGCACAGCCCUGCGAUCCGCUGCCACUGGUGCCUUUCUGACCCAUCUGGGAUCAGAUCUGUCGGUUGGAGGUGAGAGGUCCCGGUCGGUCUGGACGCGAGCGGAUGUGGACGCUGGAGGGACCGACACCUUUUCAUCACUCUGUCAAGACUCUCCGCUCCCCAACUCAACUGACUUCCCGUCUACUGUGGACUCUGUGACCUUCAGCAGUGUUGAAGCCAGAACACAAGGUCACAUAUCUCCCUCAUAUGGAUCAAACUUCGAUGCCACCGAGACUCCGCCCUCACCAUCGACUGUUGGAGGUGGCGAUAUCUCCACCGGGGUCAGCUGGUGGCCCACUUCUCCAGGCAGACAUUUUGUCCCGGAAAGCAGGUCUUUCUCUGCAGAGUCUCCAAGUGUGUCCGAUGAUGCCUCUGCGAGUGCAGCAACCUCGAACACAGAACAGCCAAAUACUGAGGGAAGAGCCAGCUUGGGAAACACUGUGUCCAUCACAGGCACCAAGGCAGCGGGUGACACCACGUUUGAAUGGCUGUCAUCCACCCAACAUUCCGACAGUUUUCCGACUGUCAGUCACAACACAGACAUUUUGCCCGACAUGUCGACAUUCUUCCCACCAUCAGACAGCUCACCUGAAGAUGCCCCUUCAACCAGAAACACAGAUGCUCUCAGCUCCAGUGUGACUUCAGCGACAUCCAUGGUUCAGUCCAACGAUACGGCCACCGUCUUCCAGCCUUCAUCUCUUCUUCCACAGUCCACAUAUGUAAUGGACACGUCUCCACACUCGAGUCUGCCACUGACCACUGAUCCAACAACCAAUAACCCAACAGAACCACUCAUGUCAAACUCAGCCACGAUGGCAACAGACCCAGUCGCCAUGGCGACGAGCACAAAUCCUAACUCAGCCACAGUGACAUCAUCAAUCAAACCUUCAAUCCCACCACUCACAUCAACAAUAACUAAAACAAUGGUGCCAGGAUGGAACCUGUCAGUCCCACUUGUAGACAUAUUGGACAUCACAUCCACCAGCCCCACACCCAUCAGUCCAGCAGCUACGACCGCACUUCCCAUGAGUCCAAUGGAAACAACUUCAGUGGAAACCAGCUCGGCCGAUUCUAACCCACCUAGCUCAGUCCACACAGACUCCAUCCUGAUGCCAACCAGUGCCACUCUUGCUAGUUCACUCACCACCAGUCCAACUCCAAGUUCCAUUCCACCAAUUGGUCCAAGACGAGGCAGUCCGACUCCCACUACCUCCACCAAAGCUGAGGAAACGACGGCGAUUCCGACGGCCACCAGUCUAACACCCACCAUUCCACAGCCAGUCAGUCCAGCAUUUUCCAGUUCCAGUCGUCCAACACCAGCAGGUUCAUCAGCCCCCACCCCACAACCAACCACUCAGGCAUCCAAACUUGGACCCAGGUCUUCGUGGUCCUUCAGCAGUACUCCAGACCCUGUGGUUGUCCACUGUGCCCCAAACCUUUCCAACAUCAGCACCACUUCUGAUUCCAUACGGGUCCGAUUCAGUGCAAUGGUCGAUUUGUGUGAACAUUUCCUCAUGAGGCUGGAAUUUGGAGAUCGAACCAAUGUUUCCAGCUGUGUGCCGCUCUCACAGCCCACUCACUUGUUCACCUGCGACGCCUUCAACCUUGACCCCGGAACUGCAUACAACCUAACAGUGGUCUCCCAGGAGGACGGAAGCCUGAGUCAUGCCACCGCACAAACAGAACCUGCUAGUCCGACACGACUGGAGGUGCAUGUGGAUCAAACUCAGAUGACCCUCCAGGCCUCCUGGCUCCACUCGCUGGGCCAAGUCAACUGGUAUGAUGUCACCAACAAAGACUCGCUCUCUGGGGAAACCAACAGGAUGCGUGUCCCUGGUCGUGCUACCCCCCAGGCAACCUUUACCGCUCUGGUACCUGGGACACGGUACACAGUCAGUGUGGUGGCCAGAGCAGGAAACCAGACCUCUGACCCAGUCCAGGCCACUGCGGUCACUGCCCCCAGCUCUGUCUCCGGCCUUCAUGUGGGGUCCUCCUCUUCAGACAGUCUCCAAGCUCGCUGGUGGCUCGGGUCCGGCAGGACCGAACGAGUCAGGGUGCUGCUGCUGAAACAGCAUGGGGUUCUGAUGAAGAACAUCAGACUUGAAAACAUAACCACCUCCGCUGUCUUUGACCACCUUCGCCCUGGAAGUCAAUACACCGUCACUGUGGUAACUGAAGCGGUUGGUCUUCAGAGAUCUUCAUCCACACACGCUGUCACAGUCCCAGAAGCUGUGAGGGAUCUAAGACUGGAGAACAAUGGCAGCUCCAACAGUCUGAGCGCAUCCUGGCUCCCACCAGUAGGUGGCGUGGAUGACUACCUGGCCAUCAUGUCUGCCAGAGGCACUGCCAGCCAGCAGGUCCGCCUAACCCCCAACAUCACCCGAGUGUUUUUCAAGAAUCUGAUUCCAGGUCGCAAAUACCAACUGUCAGUCCGGAGCCGAGCAGGAGGGGGCAGUAAUGAGACUAGGAUAAGUGGGACUACAGUUCCUGACCCAGUCUCAGCUCUGUCCAUGACACCGGCCUCAGAAGACAGAGCACUCCGGGUCACCUGGAGGCCACCGAAGGGUGAUUGGGAGAACUACACCCUGCAUCUCUGGAAUGGGUCCAUUGUUUUGGUGGAUGAGAUUAUGGGCCAUGAGACCAAAGAGUUUGUGUUUCGGGAUAUAGUUCCAGGACAAAUUUACCGCACGGAGGUCACAACGCACAGCGGCCUUUUCAGCAAGACUGCACAGUGUGAGGGAGGACUUGCUCCACAGCCAGUCCAGCAGCUGUUGGUCCGUCGUGCCGAUGAGACGACACUGAGCGUUCAGUGGCAGCGACCCACGGGCAAGUGGAAGGGUUUUACAGUCGUCCUAACAGAGGCCGAGCAAGGCACCAUCGCAGCCAGGAGGCUGCUCCCCUGGGAAGCCACGGAUUGCACCUUUAACUUACUCACCUCAGGGACAUUGUACACAGUCACGGUGACAACCUUGAGCAGCAACCUGAACAGCUCCGCUUCAGUCAGCGGAUGGACAAUUCCAGCUCAGGUCUCCAGACUGCAGGUCUCCAACGGUGGCACCACCGACAGUAUCCUGGCUGAGUGGGAGGUGCCUGACGGGGAUGUGGACCUGUACUUGGUACUGCUGAUACACGACAGCAGCGUCAUCAAAAAUGAGAGCGUAUCCUCCACAACCACAAGCUUCCGCUUUCUUGAUUUGAGACCCGGCGCCCUCUACAGGGUGGUGGUGAUCUCUGUGAGGGCAGGCAGAGCAUCGAGGCAGGCCAUUGCAGAAGGCAGCACUGUACCGGCAGCAGUCAGUGAAAUCACGGUCAGCAACAACGGCAGGACAGAUUUCCUCAGCGUGUCAUGGCAACCAGCCGAUGGCGACGUGGACAACUACCUAGUGACUCUCAAGGAUCGGGAGAGGACGCUGCACAUGGUGACAGUUUCCAGGACAAGUCCAGAGUGUGUCUUCAACUCUCUGGUGUCUGGACGUCUCUACAACAUCUCCAUCAGCUCCCGUAGUCGGCAGUACCAGAACCAGACCAUGGUCCAGGAGAGAACACGUCCUGCCAAAGUCCAGAACCCCACUGCAUCGCACGGCGCUCGUGACGACUACCUAAAGGUCUACUGGCGUCACGCCGCCGGAGACUUGGACUUUUAUCAAGUGUCAAUCAAACACAACAACUUGGUGGUCCAGAACCAGACAGUGGCAAAGACACAGAAUGAGUGUGUGUUUUACAAUCUUGUACCAGGGCGACUAUACACAGUUCUGGUCAGCACCUGGAGUGGAGAGUACGAGACAACCUCAUCCACACAUGGCUGCACCUUGCCAGCCCCAGUCCAGUCAUUGGCUGUAGGGGACCAAAGAACUGAGACCAUUAUGGUGACUUGGCAGCCUGCUUCAGGAGACGUGGAUCAUUACGAAGUCCAGUUACUGUUCAAUGACAUGAAGGUGUUUCCUCCGACCACGUUGGGAAAUGGCGUUAGCGAGUGUGUCCUGUCCUCACUGACACCUGGACGCCUGUACAAGAUUCUAGUGUCUACAUUCAGUGGACCGAACCAACGGGCCCAGUUCAUAGAGGGUCGAACUGUUCCCAGUAAGGUGAAAAACAUCGCUGUGAGUAACAAUGGCGACAGCAGCAGUCUUGGUGUGAGCUGGACUCCAGGCCCGGGAGAUGCAGAUGGGUACUUGGUGUUCUUGUACCGAAAGAAUCAACAGUUGGCCGUUCGUUCUCUGGUCAAGAACCAAAAUGAGGUGACAUUUGACUCCCUGCAGCCGGGACAGUUGUACCGAGUGACCGUGCAGUCGGUCAGCGGCGACCAGGUCAACAACCAGACGGCAGAAGGUCGCACUGUCCCAUCUGCAGUGUUGGCGCUGCACCUGAAGGAUAUGUGGAGCAGCAGCCUGCAGGCGAGCUGGCAGGAAGCGCUUGGAGUCUUAGAUAGCUACGUCUUGCAGCUGCUAGAUGAGAGAGGUGUCCUGGUCAGAAAGUCUUCUCAGCCGCCCGGGAACACCUCCUGCACGUUUGAAGGUCUCACUCCAGGAAAGAAGUACCGCGUUCUGGUCCAGACCAGCAGCGGCGGCGUUCUGAGCAGAGGUGUCUGGGCUGAGGCUCGAACCGACCCUGCACCUGUAUCGGGUCUGUCGGUCAGAACUCAGACCACCAGCAGUUUGUCUUUUCAGUGGUCCCCACCAGAGGGGGAAUUCGACUCCUACGACAUCUCUCUGUUCAACAGUGACGACAUACUUCAGGAGCGGCGCCGGGCCUUGUCCAACAGCCUGCGCUGCUCAUUCGUGGGCCUUCGACCUGGAGCACGGUACAGGAUGGUGAUUGUCACCUGCAGUGGGGAGCAGAGCCAUAACUCCGAGAUCUGGGCACAGACAAUUCCAGCAGCGGUGGCCUCUCUCAGCGUCCAAAGCGGAAACAAGUCAGACACCUUAGUGGUCACCUGGGAGCAAGCAAGCGGAGACCUCAGCAGCUAUCUGGUCACGCUCUUCACUCCAAAUGGUUCCGUGCAGGCAAACCACGUGCUGGGUUCAGAGGUCACACGGAUUGUCUUUCACGACCUUGUACCAGGACGUCUUUAUCUAGCCGAGGUGGCGAGCUGCAGCGGCGUGUUAACCAACAGCGCAAACAAGCUGGGAAGAACUGCUCCUGGGCCUCCAACUUCCCUACUGUUUGGGGCAGUGACCAACACCUCUCUAGAGGUCACCUGGAUCGGCCCUAUCUCCUCAGACUACGAUGACUUUGACCUGCAGUGGACCCCGAGGGACCAGCUGUCCGUCAUUAACCCGUACCACAUCAGCACCUCCAGCAGCCGCAUCAUUCGAGGGAUGUUCCCGGGUCGACUCUAUAACUUCAGUCUCCGCACUGUCAGCGGCACCACGCAGCCCGAUGCUCCUCCGACCUUUAGCCAGCCCAUACACAGCAGCAUCCGCACCAAACCAGAGCGAGUCCUCAGUCUCCACUGCCGUCCACAAAGCUCCACCUCCAUCUCCUGCUCCUGGACCGCCCCAGAGUCGGACUUCGACUCCUACACCAUCGAGUGUUUGCACCAGGACUCGAAGACUCUGGUCUACUCCAGGCGUACCAGCCGCCACUCUGCCGGCUACCUUAUCACCCAGCUGGAGCCCCACAAUCGUUACGUCAUCUCUGUCAAAGUCAUCUCAGACACCAGCACCAGCGAGGCGGCACAAAACAGUGUGGUCACCAUGAUUGACCGUCCGCCGGUCCCCUUCUUUAGCAUCCACAUGGAGGACCAGCCUGAAGCGGUCACACAGUCCUCCAUACUGUUCAGCUUCAACUGCAGCUGGUUCAGCGACACCAACGGCGCAGUCCGGUUCUUCACGGUGGUCGUGAGCGAGUCUUCAGCCGUGGAUAGAACCCAGCCGGAUCAGACCCACCCUCUGCCCUCGUACCAUGAGUACCGGUCCAACACCUCUGUCACAUACUACCAGACCGGAUUCUUCUCCAGCGGCUGCAGUGGACUCGAGAGCAAGACCUUUCACAUCAACCUCGGGACAGGGACAGACUAUCUUGGGGGCACCUGUGACCGGUAUAACCUGGACAGACAGAGCAGCAUGGAGCAGUUCUGCGAUGGACCGCUGAAACCCAAAACCCCCUACAGACUCAGCAUUCGAGCGUUUACUCAGCUCUUCGACGACGGAAAGAAUGAAUACUCACUUCCAUUGUUCACCGACACGUACAUGUCGCUCCCUGUGGUCACCCACGCAGAGCCACUAGGGGGCGUGGUGGAGGGCAUCAGUGCGGGCGUGUUCCUGAUGGCGGUGAUGGUGGCGGUGACCGCUCUGCUCGUGUGCAGACUAAAGUCCCGGAAACGGGAACUGCAGGAGAGGGUGGGACUGACGUUUCCCAUGAAUCUCAGGAGAGAACCGUCAAUCUUAAGGGGCCACUCGGGCUCCAGAGGAAACAGGCGAAUAUCCAGUCCUGUCUGUGUAUCGAACUUUGAGUCGCACUACAUAAAGCUGCAGGCUGACUCCCACUUCCUGUUGUCUGAGGAGUAUCAGGACCUGAAAGAUGUCGGCCGGAACCAGUCGCUGGACUCUGCGCUGCUGCCAGAGAACCGGGGCAAGAAUCGCUACAACAACAUUCUUCCUUACGACUCCACGCGUGUGAAGCUGUCCUACGUCGAUGACGACCCGUGCUCAGACUACAUCAACGCCAGCUACAUCCCUGGAAACAACUUCCGGCGUGAGUACAUCGCCACCCAGGGUCCACUGCCAGGGACUAAAGACGAUUUCUGGAAGAUGGUGUGGGAGCAGAACGUCCACAAUGUCGUCAUGGUGACCCAGUGUGUGGAGAAAGGAAGGGUGAAGUGUGACCACUACUGGCCCUUCGACCAUGACCCUCUCUACUACGGAGACUUGAUCGUUCAGAUGGUGUCGGAGUCCGUUUUGCCCGAGUGGACAAUCCGGGAGUUCAGAAUAUGCAGCGAGGAGCAGCUGAGCUACAACAGACUGGUCCGUCACUUCCACUACACAGUGUGGCCUGACCACGGCGUCCCAGAGACCACACACUCGCUGGUCCAGUUUGUUCGGACCGUUCGGGACUACGUUAACAGGACGCCAGGAUCCGGCCCCACCGUGGUGCACUGCAGUGCUGGUGUCGGUCGGACAGGCACUUUCAUUAUCCUGGAUCGGAUUCUGCAGCAGCUGGACUCUCGCGACACCGUGGACAUCUACGGCUCUGUGUUUGACCUGCGACUUCACCGCUCACACAUGGUCCAGACAGAGUGUCAGUAUUCGUACCUCCACCAGUGUGUCCGAGACGUGCUGCGAGCACGGAAGCUGCAGCGGGAGCAGGAGAACCUGCGACCUGUUUACGAGAACCUGAAUGUGAGCGGUCGCAGAGAGAUGCUCGACCACCGACGUUAGAAGCAGAUGCUUCCUUCUACUUUUGGAUAUUUCUGGGAGAAAACUCUAUAUUUAUCUACUUGUACAAAUUCUUAUCUACUGUAUAUAUCGUUUUAAAUGUGUAUUGAAG